GCCUUAGAGCAUCAUGGCAAACUGCGCGACAGCAGCCACGUCCUCCAUGCUCGAAUCUACACCAGCUGCGUCUUCAGGCAGUGAGCUACCUGGCUCCUCGAAUGAGACCCAGUGUCCUCGAUCGGAGCCCAAACCCGUUACCAAGAAGAGAACACGACGGACGCCGAAGAAGCGCGAGCCGAAGCCGAAGAAACCACAGAUCCGCACGUACAUCCGUCGGAGAGUGAGUGCACUACCGUAUCCACUGCAAUCUGUGCAACUAUAAUUGAUGGAUUGAUUGUUGAUACGGUACAGACGGAGAUCGAGGAACUGACAGACGAGAUGAAGAAUCUCAAGAAGCAGAUGGCUUACUUCGCAUAUAGGAACGAGGUUCUUAAGCAGCGUGAAGCUCUGGCGGAAAAGGAGAUGAUGAAUAAGACAAUACGCAAUGCUCUGCAUGCCCAAAGGCUGUCGUUCGCCAGCACCAUGUCCAUGGUCACGCAAUUCUUCCGUGACUCUGCUACGGAGCCAUUUGACUUGCCUGCGAGACUCAAUAAAGAUCCAUUACAGCGCCAAGCUGCUCUCUUACGAAUGAAACACGAUCGGCUACAAGUUGCCCACCACUUCAUGCACCAGAGACAGCACUAUCGAUCGACAUCGGAGUUCCGCGACCGAAAGAAAUUCGAGGCGGCCAAUGGAGAUCUAGUGUCCAUUCAAUUCGAGAUCAUGCCUUUACCAGGAGCACGCAGCGUCAAGAAUAUCGUCGACGCCCUCCAGUUCUUUGUCUACAAUCUCGAGAUCAGUAUUUCUGAAGCGGUGGGCGACAUCACCAUCCGAGAAAACGACGACGCAAAGGCUGGAAGUCCUGUAGCUCAGCAUCGACUCGUAGCUACAGUGGCGGAUAUGGUGCAGACAGAUACGAACAACGUGGCGUUCGCAGAGUAUCGUCCUGCCGGACCUCCGGCUAGUGGAGAGCAAGAAUUGGGACUCAUGAUCUGCGAUACCGUAGAUGAAGACGAGUUGUAUCCGUAUCGACCCGAAAGUCGCGUCAGGCAAGACAUGACGCAGAUCACGCAAAUAGCGUGGCAUCAGCACGAGGUUGGAGAGCCGAUUAUUGUCAUGACGCGAUGGUGGUGCUUGAGGAUCCGGAAAUCCGACAUCUACAUGCCGGCAUUCGUCGUGGAUCGGAUCCGAACUGGUGUCGAGAAGGUCGGUGCAGCCAUGUUUGCGACGGCUAGGCAUGCAGGAGGAAUGAUCCUUUAG